AUGCAAUCCGAAGACAAUGAAUGGUAAAAAGUAGUUUAAACAACAACCAAGCUAGAUUAAUAAAUAAAGAAUAUUAAAAUGAGAUUAUAAUCAGCAUUGACACAGCUUAUCAUUCAAUCUGAAGAAAAUAAUAAAAUCAACAAUCCUGACCCUGUCCUUCCAAAAACAAAUGUUCCCUUAAUUAUUCAACAUAACAGCAGAUCCAUUGAAACGAGAGAAAAACCAGCAUUGAGACAAUGUGCAUCAAAAUCUCCUAUUCGAACUCCUGAAACUACAGACUGUCCAUCUCCAAUUUCAUCCAUUGUCCAUAAUUCCACUUUGAGAAUGCAACUAAAGGCAGCAGAAAUUUUGAGUCCCAAAUACCAAAAUAUAUCAGAUAGAUUUCAUAUAGGAAAAUUUUUAGGAAAAGGUAAAUUUAGCGAUGUGUUUUAAGCAUAAGAGAAAACAUCAAAAGUACUAGUAGCUUUGAAAGUAAUCCAAAAAAGUGUUAUUAGCAAAUAUAAAAUGGAGGCUUAGUUGGCCCAUGAAAUCAAAAUCUAGAGUUAUCUCAAUCAUCCAAACAUCCUUAAAUUAUUUGGGGUAUUCUAAGAAUAAACUAAAAUUGUUUUAAUUUUAGAAUAUGCACCUGAUGGGGAACUAUAUAAAUUACUAAAGAAGCAACCUAAUCGUAGAUUCAGUGAGAAUAAAGCCGGAAAUUAUAUUGCAUAAAUUGUUGAAGGAAUUUCAUACAUGCACAAAAUGAAAGUAAUCCAUAGAGAUAUCAAACCAGAAAAUAUACUUAUUAGUCUAUAAUUUUUAAAAAUUGCAGAUUUUGGGCUAGCUACUUAUUCACCAGAAUCAAAACCUAGGCAAUCUUUUUGUGGCACCAUUGAUUAUAUGUCUCCUGAGAUAGCUUCUGGAUAAGAUUAUGAUCACUCAGUUGAUUUGUGGUCAAUAGGCAUUCUAGCUUAUGAAUUAACAACAGGAAUAACUCCUUUUUAUUAAUCAUCUAAAGAAGAUACCAUGAGAAAGAUCAUAGAAGGUAGAGUUGAUUUUCCUAAAUAUGUUUCUAAUGAAUUAUAAGAUUUUUCAAAGUGCUGUUUGAGGAAGGAUCCCUCAUAAAGAUUGAGAUUGGAAUAGAUGGCCGUUCAUAAAUGGAUUUAAAUGAAUCAUCAAGCUGGAGGAUAGUAUGAUCGAAUGCUUGUUUAAUAAUUGGUAACUAUACUGAAAUGA